AUGAAAGUGACCUCCAGUGGGCCACAAACUCUUCAGAUGGCUCAAGGGGAUCCGGUUACUCUAGACUGCACCUACACGUCGAGCCAAGCAGACAUAGGCGAUUGUGAUGGUAUUGAGUUGAUUGUGAAUGCAAAAAUUGUUUCGCCUCUCUUUGUGGCAGUGAGGCCGUCUGUGCCCACGUUUUGGGUCGAUGGUGGUGAAGCAGCAUCUCUCCGCUGCAGGUCAGAUGAACGCACUGUACCUCUGCUGUAUUCAUGGAGGAGAGAGAGUGGAGGGUCCAUUCCUCCAGAUGCAUUUCAGAGUAAGGGAGAACUUCUGAUCAGUAAUCACUCCGUAAGCCACUCCGGUGUCUAUUCCUGUGCAGUUUCUAUUGCUGUUGGGAAAGAGAGCUGUCGGCUUCACCUUCAAUCUCUGAUGCCUCCUAAAAGAGCGGGGGUCAUCACAGGAACCAUUGUUGGAUGUUUACUGAUCAUCAUGAUCCCUCUGAUCAUUAUAUGGCUUAUCAUCCUCAAAUGUAACUGGAAUCAACAUGAGAAAGAGUUCUCCAAUGAGAUUAGAGAGGAUGCUCCUGCACCCUCAGGAAUACAGCCUACAGGAAUCAAAAUGUUUUGCCUUGUAAUUAUGUAA